AUGGCCUUAUUAGAAAAGAUCUUUGUUACAAAAUAUAGAAAACACGGUAGCGAUAGCAACUUUCCAAAGAGAUCCUGUGAAGAAGCCUUAGAGCAAGUGCGUUUAUUAUUGUACAAAGAGUGUGAUAAAAGAGGAAGAAAGGUUCUUUUUGAUUCGUCAACAAUAGAAAAAUUGCCAGCAAAUAAACAUGAUAAACCCCAGUCUAAUAAUGUACCAUGUAUCGUGGAGGUGGUGGACGGAUUCUCUUAUUUGUACAAAGGACCGGCUGCGGACGCCACAGCACUCGGUGAGAUGAUGUUCGGUGCCGUGGCUAUGAACUGCAAGAGUGUGUCAUUGAAGAUUCAUAUCAUGGAUGAACCAAAAAGGUUAAUGUGCACGAAGAUGUUCUGCGUGCCCUCGCGCAGGAGUCGUGGGGAUAGAAAGGUCGAUAUCAACGGGAAUAUUAGCGGAGUACUUGGGAGUUGUGCAACGAAAAUGCCGGUGAAGGAGGAAGGAGUUUCCCUUAGUUUUUCCAUCGAUAGAGGCGACUCGGGUUUUUGUGGUGAACAGUCAUACAGCACGAUAGGAUCAGAAGUCGACUUCUACUCCAUGUUCGACUCCUGGGACGGAAACAUGCAACACGAAUACUCAUUUUCAUCUUCGUCCGGGAGGUUAAGUUCAUCAUCAGGUAGUUGGCAGCGGCGGACAUCCCAGUGCCUGGCUACCAGAUUCGAUAUGACACCCAGCACCGCAUCUUUGAGGGUACCCAAGAUCGCUACUGUUUCGAGUAAUGAUUCACAGGUAUACAGCAUCAGUUCCAACAACGGUACUACGGAAAGUCUAGCUAGCACUGUUAGUCAGACGUUAAGAAGAAGCAAACUUGGCUUGGCGUUACUUAUCUCUGUAGCAGAAACUGCUGAUAUGGACGUAGUCCGUCGUUGUGUGGAGCACUCCAACCAACUGCAAUCGCUCGUCUGCAGAUUGAGGCUUGCCACACUGACUGCUGGUUCCGGGGACAGAUUUGUGUCAACUCUUUGCAAAGCCACAGAAGACGCUGCGAGAUGGUUAUCAGAUCUUAUGUACGGUGUCAGAUUGCAACCAGUCUGGCUAAGCCUUGUCACCAGUGAGCCGAAAAUUUCAAACAAACUAGCCGAAAACCUCUUAACAGAUCUAUGUUCUGUGAUCAGCAUUGGAGACUCGAAGCAUACUAAUUUUUUCAUCAGCACUCUCUUGACGCACGUUCUCACGCAUCAUCUUGGCUGGGUGACGACUGUCAGCCCAUACGAUGUCGUUGACCCCAUCGAGGUUUCCAUCAAGAGGGAUUCCUUGGGGCCCUAUAAUGCGCUGUGGGCCCAACUCGGUGACCUCUGCGGUAGCAUCGGAUACCCACCACGCACCGCGAAAACCAUUGUAUCCGGCACCUCUAACGUGUUCUUUAUCAAUAAACUUUUGAGUGUCCUUACGUACUUCGUACGGUGCGGUGACGUCAAGAGAAAUGACUUUUUAUACCAAGACUGUGUUCCGAGUCAGAGCAAAGUUACGAAUAUAAAUUUAGAUUCCAAGAGGUUUUUAAAUACAGAUUUUAAGAAGGAUAGCUUAGAAAUAUGUUCUGUAAACAUUAGUGACAGUGAUAGUACUUUGUGCGAUGGCAGUGCCGUUUCAAAAGAUAAGUUGAAUUCGAGCGAUAGUGGUAGAAAUAGGCUGAGCGCGUCGGAUGUUGGAUUAAGAAAAACGACAACAGUCACUAAUUUAAGUCAGAAGCUCUCUAAACCAGACCAUGCAGCUGAUUCUAGUUCGACCGCGAGUGACGUACAAUCUAAUCAAAUGCGAAGGAAUACUUCCAUUAUGAUCUCGCUUGGGGCAGCUUCAGAUUCCAGUGAAAAAUCCUCUUUGUCAGACGAGUACGAACUAGAUAAGAAAGUCGUCUUUGUUCUCGGAGAUGAUGACAAAUUAGUAGGAUUAAAAAAUAAGUCUGUCGACGGUAAGAGCGUGAAGAAAUCUUCUAAAGUUCAAAAUGAACCGCUCCAUCUGGAACCGACGACUGAGACGUGCGCCAAAGACUGUGACCGCGAGAAGACAGAGGGAGACGGCUCUACAAAGUGCUGCAACCAGACACUUCAACAUUCCAAGCCCAUUAAACAUUCCGGUUUUAAAUUCGAGUUUGAUAAGUAUCCACAGAUAGUCACGAACUACAUGAAGAGCAAGAACCUAGAGAUUUUAGAUAGACAUUACAUAGGUAAGCCGGGAAAUCUCAAGUUGGACAAUUUCCAGUUCGAUCCGACUGUUGUGCCUCCGAUCCAGGAAGAGAGAUGCGAGACGUGUUACAAGUGUCAGAUGAUGGAAUCUCUGUUGCAGACGCCGACGAACGCCUCUGAGAUGGAGUACAUGAACGAUAUGCCAAGACAAUUGGAACCGCAAUACGCGAAGGAGACCGUUGAAGACGAACCAGAGCGGCAUCGGGAGCUAUCUCCUAAAACAUUCGUUAGGAAGCGAAAAGAGAACACAGUAAUUAUUAAUGUAAGGAAGGACUCCGAAAAGGCAAUAGUCGCAGAGAGCGAACCCCUCCGAGAAAGUGAGAACGUUCAAGUGCGUUCGAAACGUCGAGAAGAUAGGUCGAGGAAAGAAGGAGAUAAAUUAAAUGUGAUAAAGAAUGUUGAUGUUAGACAAGUGAUAGAAUUCCCGCUUCCAAUUAUUAGUGCGAAGUCUCUCCAGGUUAAUACCGGCUUCGAUGUGUCGCUGCUUGGCGGAGUCACCGACCAUUAUGUACCUGAUUUAAUUUUACAAGGGACAUUAUCCAGUCCCAAAACGUGGGAAGCAGAUUUAAGGAGGGAUCUAGACUUGACAAUGUACCUGAACAAGAGUUUAGACUCGCCUAGUCAAGCGGUUGCCAUCAUCGGUGAUACAAAUAAAUGGGAAGUAAGGAUCGUGGGAAGGGAUUGUGGUAGCGCGGGUCUAUCGCCGUUAGUUGGUGGUAUGUUGGAUGCGCUGCCGGCCAUGCGGACCGCUAGAGUACCAGCGCAGCAGUGCAUCCUGUUCCUGGAGAGCAAACUUCGCGAGUUCUGUGUCCUGUCAAAAACACUAGCUGACCUCCUCAUGUCAACGGACUUCUGUGAUAUAGGGACUCUUACAAAAUCGCUGAACAUCGAUGUGAAUGAUGUGCCCUUUUUGUUGGCCGUGGCCAGUACACACUCGCCCCAAGUGGCAACCAGAUACGGUAUCAGCUAUAGGUAG